UGGAAGAAGGAGGAAAACAAACCUAAUCCAAGCCGGGCGGCCAUCUUUCCUGAGCUCGCUGAGGCAGGCGGAGAGCGGGAGUGAGGACGGAGGAACCUCGGCUGUCGACUUUCAUUCAGUCCGGGAUCACUAACGCGACCGGUCCACCCCCCUCACACAGGAACACCUCUCCGCGGCUCGUGCUUUCCCUCCUCGGGAUCCUUUAGGAGACCCGAUCCCAUCGAACCAGUCGGACUGCUAGCUGCGGAGCUAAGCUAACGGCUAGCCGGGGCAGCUAGCUGUUCGGUGACCGAGCUGGGUGCGUCAGAAGCGGAUCAAAGACUGCAGUUUCGCUCGGUGAUAUUCCGGCUGAUGGUGGACUCCGAUCCCCGCGGACACCACCUCCUCGACGGGGACAUGCUGUGAACACGGAGCCUGGAGGAAAGGUGGAGGUUUCAGGGAUCCGGAGAGACUUUAACACCGAUCCUGCAGUUGGACUUAAUCCCCUUUGGAAAUUCUCUAAAUCAGCUCCACCGGGGAAAAUGUCCUCCGUGACGCCCGACAAGAAGAAUCCGCCCCGGACAGUAUCCGAGAGGCCGCGGUGAACCGGCUGCUGUGGUCCCGCUGGAGAGACCCGAGACCCGGGAUGUUCCACGGUUGAUCGGCGGUGCCUCCGCCUCGUUCACCGGGCCUGUGCACAGAUCAACGGCCUGGGACCGCCUCGGUGACCGGGCCGGGAUCAGAUUAAAGGGCUCACGUUAGACGGGAAAGACCGGGACGUGUUGCCGGAUCUCGGUGUCCACCAUAAGAAUCAGCUCUGGUUUAAAGGGACGCUAAUCCCGGUCCUGGUUUCGGGAUUAUAACUGACAUUAAGCAUUGUAGUCUUUGGAUCCACAAUGGGAUCAGCGACCAAACUGGCCUUCAGCGUGUUCCUCAUCUCCUGCUCCUCAGGUGCGAUCCUGGGCCGCUCAGACAUUCAGAAGUGUGUCCACUACAACUACAACCCUUCGUCUUCCUCGUCUUCCUCGUCUUCCUCGUUGGCGUCUGAGAGUCAGGGUAACAUGAGCGGGGUGGUCACCUGCUCCGGAGACAAGGACAAGAGGCUCCACUGCUUCGCCACCUGGAAGAACGUGUCCGGAGCCGUCCAGGUGGUCAAACAGGGCUGCUGGCUGGACGACGUCAACUGUUACGACAGGCGCGAGUGCGUGGAGAGGAAGGACGCUCCUGAAGUCUUCUUCUGCUGCUGUGAAGGAUCUUUGUGUAACAGCAGGUUCUUCUACAGUCCUGACAGCAGACAGACGCAGAUACCAACCACAAACAAACCGGUGACGGCCAAGCCCCCGGUGCUGACCACUCUGAUGUACUCGCUGGUUCCCAUCAUGGCCGUCACCGCCAUCGUCCUCUUCUCCUUCUGGAUGUACCGGCACCACAAACUGGCCUACCCUCCUGUCCUGGUGCCCACACAGGACCCCGGGCCCCUGCCCCCCUCCCCCAUCCUGGGCCAGAAGCCCCUGCAGCUGCUGGAGAUCAAAGCCAGGGGGCGCUUCGGCUGCGUGUGGAAGGCCCAGCUGCUCAGUGAAUACGUCGCCGUCAAGAUCUUCCCCAUCCAGGACAAGCAGUCGUGGCAGAACGAGUACGAGAUCUUCACCCUGAGCGGGAUGAGACACGAGAACCUGCUGCAGUUCAUCGGAGCCGAGAAGAGAGGCAGCAACCUGGACAUGGAGCUGUGGCUCAUCACCGCCUACCAUGAGAAGGGUUCUCUGACAGACUACCUGAAGGCAAACGUCCUCUCCUGGUCUGAACUGUGUCUCAUCGCUCAGUCGAUGUCUCGAGGUCUCGCCUACCUGCACGAGGACAUACCUGGACACAAGGACGGACACAAGCCUGCCAUCGCACACAGGGACUUGAAGAGUAAGAACGUGCUGCUGAAGUCCAACCUGACCGCCUGCAUCGCUGACUUCGGCCUCGCUCUCAGGUUUGAGGCGGGAAAAUCUCCUGGAGACACGCACGGACAGGUGGGGACCAGGAGGUACAUGGCCCCGGAGGUACUAGAGGGGGCCAUUAACUUCCAGAGAGACGCCUUCCUGAGGAUAGACAUGUACGCUCUGGGUCUGGUGCUAUGGGAGCUCGCCUCACGCUGCAAAGCUGCUGACGGUCCUGUGGACGAGUACAUGGUGCCGUUUGAGGAGGAGGUGGGCCAGCAUCCGUCUCUGGAGGACAUGCAGGAGGUGGUGGUCCACAAGAAGCUGAGACCGACGCUCAGAGAGUGCUGGCAGAAACACGCUGGUCUGGCCCUGCUCUGUGAGACCAUUGAGGAGUGCUGGGAUCACGAGGCUGAAGCUCGGCUGUCGGCGGGCUGCGUGGAGGAACGAGUCGUGCAGAUGCAGCGGCAGACGAGCGUCACGCCGCCGGAGGACAUUGUCACGGUUGUCACCAUGGUAACCAACGUGGACUACCCGCCUAAAGAGUCGAGCCUAUGACAAGGCCCCGAGGACCAAUCAGGACAGAGCAGGGACUCCCUCAGUGAGCGUUUUCUGUCUCUGAUCUAAGACUCAGGUGGGCGCUCAGAUGACUGUAAGGGCACUCAGGUGACCUUGAUGACGCUCAGAUGACUUUAAGAGCGAUUCAGGUGACCUUGAUGACGCUCAGGUGACCUUGAUGACGCUCAGGUGACCUUGAUGACGCUCAGGUGACCUUGAUGACGCUCAGGUGACCUUGAUGAUGCUCAGAUGACUUUAAGAACGAUCAGGCGACCUUGAUGACGCUCAGAUGACUUUAAGAACGAUCAGGCGACCUUGAUGUCGCUCAGGCGACCUUGAUGACGCUCAGAUGACUUUAAGAGCGAUCAGGUGACCUUGAUGUCGCUCAGGUGACCUUGAUGAUGCUCAGAUGACUUUAAGAGCGAUCAGGUGACCUUGCGUGCACUCAGGAGACGUGGAGGACAACAUGGCGGACAGUCUCUCCCUCAGCAGCCUGAGCCGCACUGAUCUCCACCCUCUGACAUCACUUCCUCUUGUCACUUCAAAAUAAGAGACUUCCUGGACGUUUUGUAGGCUAACUGUAGUUUUUAGUUUGUGUUUCUCUGAAUGAUGUGAUGCCAACGAGAAGCAGCUUCUGAAUGUCUGUGUGUGUGUAAAUACAGAAGAUUUAUAUAUUCUACUGAGAGGUAAUAAUCAGGUUAUUGAUCCAGACAGAGGUAAUAAUCAGGUUAUUGAUCCAAACAGAGGAGAGGUAAUAAUCAGGUUAUUGAUCCAGACGGAGGAGAGGUAAUAAUCAGGUUAUUGAUCCAGACGGAGGUAAUAAUCAGGUUAUUGAUCCAGACGGAGGUAAUAAUCAGGUUAUUGAUCCAGACGGAGGUAAUAAUCAGGUUAUUGAUCCAGACGGAGGAGAGGUAAUAAUCAGGUUAUUGAUCCAGAUGGAGGAGAGGUAAUAAUCAGGUUAUUGAUCCAGACGGAGGAGAGGUAAUAAUCAGGUUAUUGAUCCAGACAGACACAAACAUACAGCAAUCUUUCUUAUCUUUCUUCAGACUUUUGAUCCUCUGAGACACGAGGAGAUUCAAACAUUUCAUGAAUGAAAUCGGAGAAAUAAAGUGAAAUAGAACUGAUCGAUCGAUACGGGUGCAAGUUAUCGGUUGUUUUUAUCUAAUAUAUUAAUUGUUUAAAACAGAAGCUCAUGGCUGUAAGUCUGACUAUUGAUUAUCCUUCAGUGGGACAAUAUGUAUCUUAUCUAAAACCCGUCUCUCAGAGUCCAAAGUGACGACUUCAUCCUUUGCUCCACAGCGUUGACCUAUUGAUCUGUUGCAGCAUUACUCAUUAAGUUUGAUUGAUUGAUCAGAGGAAGGUCUGUCUCAUGCUGCAUUAUUUCCUCUACCAGCAGUGUCAAAUAACAAUUAAUUUAAAGAAAGGCGCGUUCACGCUGACUCUUUUAACUGUUUUUUUUUUUUAGUGUUUUAUUUACUUAUUGAUUAAUUAAGAAAUUAAUUAGGGUAUUAAUCAGUAAUAAUUGUACUGAUUAGUUCUGUUGUUUCACUUUAUUUCUUUGACUCUGAAUCAGAGACAAUCCAAGCCACAUUUUAGAUGUUAAUCAGCCUGCUGAUCAGCUGCCUGCAAACUAAACAGGAAAGAAAGAUCUUAUGAGAUUGAGCUGAAGGUGAAAUGUGUUUAAACUCGUCUUCACUGCUGGUUUCCUGUCUGCCUCUGUGGAGCCUGAAACUGAUCAUCAAUAACUCUGUUUUAUCCAUUUAUUGAUCUGCUCAGCGACUCACAGUUCGUCUGAAACAAUGUCUCGUCAGUGAAGAAAGAAAAAUAAAACGGAUAAGAUGUUGGUCAGAAUGUAAAGAAAUAAACUGUGAAGUCAGAAGAAUGAUUCAAUCUGAGGAAAUAAAGUGUUGUAUGAUCAAACAAGUUCAGGGUCAAUAAAGCUUUGUAUAGAUCUGUU